CUCCCACCUUCUCUUUUCAAGCCAUACAAAAUGGCUCCAACAAUUGCUGCACCAAUCACCAACUCCUCAGAAAUCACUGACUUUAUCAUAAGCAAAGGCAAUGGAGUAAAGGGUCUCUCCGAAAUGGGUCUCAAAAGCCUUCCCAAGGAGUAUAUCCAACCCCUAGAAGAAAGGAUGAGUAUGAGCCAAAUCAUGCCCCAAGAGUCGAUACCCAUCAUCGACAUGUCAAGCUGGGAGGACGACCCAAAUGUGGCAGAAUCAAUCUGCAAUGCAGCAGUGAAGUGGGGUUUCUUUCAGAUUACUAACCAUGGAGUGCCCAUUGAAGUGCUCGAGAGUGUGAAGGAGGCAACACAUAGGUUCUUUGGGUUGCCGGCUGAGGAGAAGAGGAAGUUCUUAAAAGAGAAUUCGCCUUCCAACAAUGUGCGGUUUGGCACAAGCUUUACUCCUGAAGCAGAGAAGGCUCUUGAAUGGAAAGAUUACCUGAGCCUCUUCUAUGUUUCAGAGGAUGAGGCCUCUGCAUUGUGGCCUCCUGUGUGCCGGGAUCAAGUGCUUGAGUACAUGAAAAGUUCUGAAGCUGUUAUCAAACGGCUAUUAGAGGCCCUAAUGAAGAGAUUAAAUGUGAAAGAAAUUGAUGAAAUGAAAGAAUCAGUGUUAAUGGGUUCAAAGAGGAUUAACCUUAACUACUAUCCCACUUGUCCUAACCCUGAGCUCACAGUAGGAGUAGGACGUCAUUCUGAUGUCUCAACCCUCACUAUCCUCCUUCAAGACGACAUUGGCGGACUUUAUGUGAAAGGAGACAACGAUAGGUGGAUCCAUGUUCCACCUGUAAGUGGCUCCCUUGUCAUCAAUGUCGGUGAUGCACUGCAGAUAAUGAGCAACGGUCGAUACAAGAGCAUUGAGCAUCGUGUGGUUGCCAAUGGAAGCAAGAACAGGAUUUCAGUUCCCAUUUUCGUGAACCCCAGGCCAUGUGACAUGAUUGGUCCUUUCCCUGAAGUUCUCGAGGGAGGGGAGGAAGCAGCAUAUAAGCAAGUUCUGUAUUCAGAUUAUGUCAAGCAUUUUUUCAGCAAGGCUCAUGAUGGGAAGAACACAGUUGAAUUUGCAAAAAUAUGAUGUUUUUAAACGAGGUUGACCUGUUUCAAUUAAAAUGAAGUGAUGAAAAAUAACCGAGUUUGAAAGGAAUAAUAAGAUCGUUCAGGAUUCUUCUUUUUUAAGGUACAUGGACCUUGAUACAAUGUUUGUAUGUUUGUAUUUCGAAUAAAUGUGCACUGUUUCUAUGUACUAAUUAUAAUGGUUUUCU